GCUAAUUCAAGUGCGUGCCCCUCGGUGACCAAACAUGGAGGGCGAGAUCAGAAACUUCGUGAUGGUAUGGACCUUGGUGUUGAUUUCACUCACCUACUGCCACACCAUCUCCAAAACCGUGCCUAGCGGAACCAAGAGGCUCUUGGCCAUUUCGCCGGUCAUCGUCCUUUUCCUCAUCCUCCCUCUCAACCUCACCACCAUCUCUCUCGGUGGCCUCACUUCGUUCUUCAUCGCUUGGCUCUGCAACUUCAAGCUCAUCCUCUUUGCCUACGGCAAAGGCCCGUUGUCAUCGAGCCAGUCUAGCUCUUUGGCAUACUUCAUUCCCAUCGCUUGCCUUCCCAUCAAGAUUCGCAACCCGGUCAAGAGCACCAAAAAUGGAGAGCGCCCGGCUUCGGAGAUCAACCAGAGAGGCCUCAAAUCGCCGAUGAAUUACAUCAUCAAGUGCCUGGUUAUAGUUGCCUUUUUGCCUGCCUAUGAGAGGAAGGAUCGAGUUCAUCCAGUGAUCAUCAAUGUGAUGUAUUGCGUGCACGUGUACGUCGGGUUGGAGGUGUCCUUGGCCGUGGUCGGAGCCAUGAUCCGAGUACUUACCGGCAUCGAGCUCGAGCCGCAAUUUGAAGAGCCCUACCUCUCAACCUCGCUGCAGGACUUUUGGGGGAGGAGAUGGAACCUCAUGGUCACGAAUAUACUCCACCCUGCCGUUUACUUGCCUAUUAGGUCCAUUUCGAGCCGUGCGAUUGGGAGGAAGUGGGCCGCACUGCCGGCAUCAUUUGCAUGCUUCCUGGUCUCGGCGCUCAUGCAUGAGCUGAUUUUCUACUACAUCGGACGUAAGGAGCCGAGGUGGGUGGUCACCUCCUUCUUCCUCUUGCAUGGCCUGUGCGUGGCCGUCGAGAUCGGAGCCAAGAAGGCGCUCACUAGCAAACUCCGUCUACCGAGGGCGGUGUCAGGACCAAUGGCAGUCGGUUUCAUCCUCGCAACGGCGCUGUGGCUGUUCCUGCCGGCCCUAUUGUGGUGCGACGCGGAGGACAAGUCGCGUAGAGAGGCCAUGGCGGUCGUGGACUUUGUGAAGGAGACUUGGAGCGUUGUGAGAUUUAGCUCCAUCAUGAAAGCGAGUAGGUGAUUGUAUUGAUUGUAGACUUGACGUGCAUUUGGUAUAAAUGCUUGGCUUAGCUAAUUAUUGUCCACGCAAGCAAUGAAUUUUCAAGC